AAGUGCUUUAAAAAAAUGUAUAUGAAAAAUGGGCUAGGCACUGCACUAACAUCUUACCUUCUUAUAUAGACAUGUCCCAGUAUACACUAUGGAGCCUUCCUAAAGAUAUUCGCCAUAUCAUGCGAAUAUACCAUCAGGCUUCCCUUGAUAUCACCAGUGCUUAUCGUAAUGAUUAUAUUCGAAAGUACUUACAGAAAUCAGAUCCUCAAUAUAAUAUCUUCAGAAGGUAUAAAUUAUUACAUGAAAGACCUGAUUCCAAGCAUUUAAAUUACCGAAGUGAUGGGAGAACUGCUCCUUGGUUUCAAUUCAAUCCAAAUGACUUUGAACCAAUCUUGUCUAAAGUCAUAAGCCCUAUUUUCGAAUCCACUAAUUCUAAAAAAUCAAUCUGGGGUGAUUUAGAAAAUUUCAAUGUUGAUGAUCUUUUCAAUUCAAAUGUGCAUUCUCAAGAACAACCUGCUCUAAUAAGUGAUUCCAACGUAUCGUCGAAACCUUUGCCUGCAUUCGAAUCUAAUAUCAUGUCAAUCCUAAGGUGCUACUAUCAACCUUAUCAAGAAAUACCCAAGGUUAACCGUUUGUUGAAAUCGUUCCACUGGUACCGUAAUACUUUGCAAAAUACUCCCAUUAUUAUAUUUUUGAAGCAGAAGAACCGAUUGUUUGCUCAGUCUUCUCUUUCCCACAUCAACAAACCUUUAGUUGAUUUGAAUAACUACAUGAAUGAUUUAUCUCUCCAGUUUUUCAACCAGGAAAAUUUCGAAUCCGGUGAUGACAAGUUGAAAAGAAAUUAUCAUUUGACUGAUUUGACCUUGGUGGAUAUCUUCAAUAUGGCUAUCAAGACAGAAUCGCUAACAUCUUUGGAUUCACUAAAUUGGUCUCGCAUUAAUCAAGUCGAGGAUAAAUUAGCAUCGGUGCUACUGAAACAUCAACAAGUGAAUGUAAUUGAUUCCAACUCCACAGUUGUUGACAAAAAGGGUUCGGUUUCAAGAAAAUUCAUUCAAGAAAACCCUCUUUCGAGAAUCUCCAAUAGUUUAUUACAGGACCCUACUCAAAUCAAAUACAUCUUUCCUUAUGAUUUACAGUAUUCCUCUUACCAAAUGAUAACAAUCGAACAACCAGUCAUACAAGAAGACCACUCCUUUUUACUUGAUCAUUUACAGAAACAAAGUGAUGACUUUGAAAUUAUCGCAGUUAGAUUGUCUCUAAACAAUGAUUUAAUUAGUAACUUUUUUACAAAUGACCUCUCGUCCUCCUCUAAGAUACCAAGUGGUAACUACCAAGAUAUGCUUCAGGCCGCUAAAAGGUCUCACUUGUCCCUGGAGCCUAACGAUCCUCAUGCCCACAUUGCUUCUUGUAUCAAAAAAUUGGGUGAAAUGGGUUUGGCUACCGUUGAUGAGGGCUCUACUAAAAACUGCAUUUACCUAUUCUCUUCGAACCAAUGA